UGCCUCCCAAACCUCCAAUCCCACCCUGUCCCGAUGUGGCAACUGCGGCUUCCCGGGGGCACCUACCUCAGAUUACCUGGGAACAAGUCAGACCGGUCCCGGGAAUGGCCGAGAAGGGGGCCCGGGGCUGGGGAGGCCUUGAUCCAUCGUGCCGCUUCCCAGGAGACGUUCGGAGCCCGGGACAUGUCGGGAUUGAGGAGAUACGAGGUGGCGCUGGAGGCGGAGGAGGAGAUCUACUGGGGCUGCUUCUACUUCUUCCCCUGGCUGCGCAUGUGGCGGAGGGAGCGGAGCUCGGCGCACCCCCGGGAGCAGAAACUGGAGCCUCUGCGGGGCCUGAUGAGCUGUCUGUCAAACGGGCUGGGCCCUGCUCCCCAGCGCUCCGGUCGCGGCCUCCCCCGCCGCACGCCCGCCGCCACUGCCCAGCCCGCCGGUGCAUUAAAGAUUUAAACCGAA